UCCUAAGGGCAACGGGAACCAGAAUUACGGCAGAAUAGUGUCACGUCACGUGGUCAUAUCACACACAACAGGGAUUUAAGGGCCUUGAAAGUGCGUUUAUGUGCUCGGAGAAGAGACUGAAAGCGUUAAAAAAAAAAAAAGAAAGAAAGAUAACUACAUCAAAAAGAGCGCGCGCGAGACGGAGAGAUAUGAGAAGCAUGCGGAAAAUGGGUGCAGCCUUGCACACACAAAAGCCCCCAUUGGCGAUCCGCGGCACCCCCAUCUCCCCCUCUUCGAAGCGGCUCUCCACCCCUGCGCCUCCGCCUCCUCCUCCUCCUCCUCCAGCACCAGUCGAGGUGCAUUGUGGGGAGGAAAGUCGUUGCCAUUCGACCUCUGCGGGGCCUGCGCGGACGCAGCGAGAACCCUGAAAAUGCCAUUAUGCGCUUAAACGAGCUAUUUAUUUCCGCAUAACCGACACACUCUCACCGGCCGGGGGCCCGGCGACCGAUAAACGAGCGGCGGAGGGAAGGACGAGCGACGGCGGCGGCGGGUAGGAGACGGCGAGGAGGCGGAAGGGGGCGAGAAAAAAACAAAACAGAAAAAAAAAGAACAUUUUGCCGUGGCGGGGGGAAUCCUGGUGAGACGUUUAUCACAAGCGCGAGAAAAUGUCCGGUGAGAGGAACCGCAGGUCGCUGGCGUUCCGAGGCGGUGGACUAGCAGGGCUAACGGGCUCCGGAGGCUCCAACUCCGGCGGCGGAGCGGGGAACGGUAACAGCUGGGAGGUCCCGGCCUGCCAGGACCGACAUUUUAACGGCAACCGGCCGGACCAAGACGACGACGGCGACCUGGGGGCGACGGGACCAACGCGGAAGCGGGUGGAGGGCGCAGGCUCGGUCAGCGACAGCACGGAGCCCGAGGCGGAGGAGGAAGAGGACGCGGAGGGGGCGGCCGCCGGCAGCCGCGGGGGCGACCCCGACUCGGCGGCGAACGGCUACAAGGAAGCGGGCGCCGAGGACUGCGCCCGGUCGGGAGGACCCAGGAAAUGCGGCGUGGAGAUGAGACCGCAGACGCUGCUCCAGAAGCACUCGCUCUUCCACGCGUCGUGGCUCCACGAGUUCCCGUGGCUGCGCUUCUGUCAGCAGACGGGGCUCAUGUCGUGCUCGUGGUGCCGCGACGUCGCCUCCCGGAGCGGCGACGAGCUGGCCAAGGGCAGCCGGAGCUACAAGCGGGCCCUGCUCCUCCGACAUCACCUGUCGUCCGACCACGGCAGGAAUGACCCGAGCAAACAGGAAUCGGGGAGGCCCUCGGACAACGCCAGCCCGUCCACCAACUCCUCGGAGGACGACUACCGCAACAAGCCCAACGAGAACUCGUACUGCUACCAGCUGCUGCAGGAGCUGGACAAGCAGCGCAAGAGCGGCAUCCUGUGCGACGUCAGCAUCGUGGUGUCGGGCCAGGUGUUCCGCGCCCACAAGAACAUCCUGGUGGCGGGCAGCCGCUACUUCAAGACCCUUUACUGCCUGACGCAGAGCGAGGCGCAGGACCGCGCCACCGUCACCCACCUGGACGUGGCCGCUGUGCAGGGCUUCUCGGUCAUCCUGGAUUUCCUCUACUCGGGCAACCUGCUGCUCACCAGCCAGAACGCCAUCGAGGUGAUGUCGGUGGCCAGCUACCUGCAGAUGACGGAGGUGGUGCAGUCGUGCCGGGCGUUCAUCAAGGACGCGCUCAACAUCAGCAUCAAGCAGGAGGCGCCCGACUCGGUGGUGGUAGACUACAACAAGCGGCAGACGGUGGCCAAGGAGGGGCAGCGGGGGCGCCCCGACCGCAAGCCCAGCAACUUCUGGGCCACCAGCAUCCUCUCCAAGCUGUCCAUCAAAGCCAGCAACAACCAAGGCAAGGAGGCGGCGGAGGACGGCGAGGAGGACGCCAGCAGGGUCAAGGAGGAGUCCAGCGACGUGGAGGUGACGCAAGUCGGGGCCGGUCCCCCCGGCGCCCCCACGGGCAGCUGGAGCCACCACAACGACAAUUCCUCCGACUCCGCCGACAACAACGAGGCCCGCGCCCAGGUGUUCGUGUGGAACGAGCCGGGCGCGGCGGCGGCCAUCAAGCGCGAGGCCCCCGACGCCGCCGUCGCCGGCAGCGGGCGCCGGAAAAAGCAGGCCACCACGCGGAGGUUCGUCUACAACUUCCCGCCCGAGCCCGAGGAGGGCUUCGACGAGGGCAUGUUCAUCCAGCCGUCCGCCUCCUACCCCCGGGAGGACUUCUCGUCGCUCUCGGAAAACGCCGAGCUGGCCAAUCAGAUCCAGUAUAGCAUCAUCCAGCCAGGGGAAUCCUGGGAAAAUGGCGAGUCGCCGCUGCUGGCCAUCAACAAGCUGAAGUGUCCGCACUGCAACUACAUCGCCAAGCACCGGCGCACCCUCAAGAGGCACCUGGUCAUCCACUCGGGCGUGCGCUCCUUCAGCUGCGACAUCUGCGGGAAACUCUUCACCCGCCGCGAGCACGUCAAGAGACAUUCCCUGGUGCACAAGAAAGACAAGAAGUACAAGUGCAUGGUUUGCAAGAAGAUCUUCAUGCUGGCGGCCAGCGUGGGCAUCCGCCACGGCUCGCGGCGCUACGGCGUCUGCGUGGACUGCGCCGACUCGCACCAGGCCACCCAGGAAGGCCUGGAGGCCAUGGAGUUCCCCCGGGACGACGACUUCGAGGGCGACGAGGGCGACGACCUGCUGGAGGGCGACGACUCCGCCUCCGCCGACCACGACCGAGCCGCCUGGGCCCGCGGGGGCGGCGCCUGCCCCGCCCCUCCGGGGGACGACAAGGAGUUCUAGCCUCGUGGCUUUUGUUUUUUUUUUUUUAAAUUUAUGUAAGCUGGUAAACAAUCAACUCCAAAAGUGCUAUCAAAACCUUGAGGUUGCUUAAUUGCGCGAGUUUGACGGAUAUUAGCGACGACGACGGGAAAAAAAAAAAAAGAGCUUUGCUAGUGUGGGAAUCCCGCCAUGUACAGAUUUAAUUAUUAUUAUUAUUAUGCUUAUUAUUAUUGUUAAUGCCCACCAGAGAAAGAUUAUAUGGAAAAGAAAAAUCAGGUUGUUGUUUUGUUUUGUUUUUUUGGGGGGGGGGUAUAUGUAUGUUUUCUGUUAAGGUGCGGGAGGGCUCGCUAGGCCAAUCAUUUGGGCGUAAAAAAUUUUAAUUAUUUAAUUUAAGAUUUUAUGGUCUUAUCACAGAUGAUCUAAUUUUUAUUAAUUUUUUUUGUUUUUUUUUUACUUGCUGUGUAGAUGGCGUUUAGUUGCGCUAAUAUAUUCUAUAUUAUUCCGUUUUUCUUUUCCCCCCCUCCUCCCUCCGCCUCCCCCUGUGCAAAUCUUGGAACCAAAAAAACUGUUUGGUGACUCUGUUAUAACAGCCAUAUUUAUAUGAUAUAUUAAUAUUAAAAAAAAAAACGAGGGCUGUGACAUCAUGCCAAACAGACCGCACACCAAGAUGGAGCAGGAAAACUACUGAAUACGCUUCGAUGAAAAGACACCUUUGUUAUUAUUAUUAUUAAUUUUUUUUAAAGAGUUUUACGAGAAAAAAAAAUUAUUUAAAAGUAUAAGAAGUGCGAGGAAGGUGGCGGGGGGGCUGUUCCAGCUAGCUUUAUACCAAUCGCAGCGUCACGCUAACACUUUAAAAAAAAAAAAAAAAAAAAAAAGCAUUUGACCUUCACUUAAAGCUUGAAUCGUUAAUUUUUAUGUUUUUUUUUUUUUUUUUAAUGCCAAAUGACGACGUUUGGUGCUGUAAUGCUUUGUCGCAGAAUACUGGACCUACAAAACAAGCGAGGCUUUAAUUCUUAUGAUGUCUGUCGUCUCGGAAGACAAAAAAAAAAAAAAAAAAGCUUCAAUUGUAUAACUGACGCUUCACCUCCUCUCUACAACACUAUCGCCUCUUUCACGCAGAGAUCCCACCCAAAAAAUUCCCAAAAAAAAAAAAGCACCCGGCAUUUGUCUGCCUUUGCCUGUCACGCCAUCCCCCAGCAAAAAAAAAACAAAAAAUCCAGGCUUUAAUGCUUAUGUUUGUUGUCUUCAAGUGAAUCAAAGCUGUACCAGAACACCCGAAGUUUAUUGAUCCGCCUCUGCCUUUCACAGGGACGCGCGCCUCGUGUUAAAAGCCGAACUCAAUGCGGCUUUGUCGCAAAAUACCGGACCUACGGUGUGGCAUUUAAUUGUUAUGAUUUCCGUCAUCGGCAAAACCUCAACUUCCUGUCGCACCAACCGCUUUCACCCGCAGUAGUUUUAAGAAAUGUUAGCUGUUUGUUGAAUUUCACACCUGCCGUCGCAGGGUACCUUUAACCGAAGGCGGCUCUGUCGCAGAAUACUGGACCUACAGCACGGCUUUGAUUCUUAUGAUUUCUGCCAUCAAAACCUUCAUUUCCGAUGACACCAGCCUCUCUGUCAAACCGAGAUCUCGCAAAAACGCCGUCAGGGAAACCGAGUGAUAAGACUUCAUCCCCGUUUCGGCUUUGCGAAAUACGGCUUUAAUUCUUAUCAUCUCUAGUCAUUGAAAUCUUCGCCUGUAUUAACACUAGCCUACUUGCAAAAACAGGGCAGGAGAAGUUCGGUGUUAAACUUCACGUCACGGAAUACUAACCUGACGGUACAGUUUUAAUUCAUAUGAUUUCUCAUCGUCAAACCCUUUACUUCGGACAACACUAACCUCUUUCACGCAGUCUCGCAAAAUAGGGUUGGAGCGGUUGAUUUUUCAACCGAACAACCCCCGGCCUAGCGGCACGUAAUACUGGACCUGCAAUACCGCUUUAAUUCUCAUGAUGUCUCCUCAUUAAAAUGUUCGUUUUCAACAACACUCGCCUCUUUUACAAAGAGCCUUGCCAAAAAAAAAAAAAAAAAGCUUCACUUGGUCGUCCCGUCAUUGUUGAACACUGGACCUAAAGUACGGCUUUAAUUCUUACGAUGUUACGCGACACAACAAGCUUCACCUCCGACAACACUAGCCUCUUUCACGCGGAUAUCCCGCAAAAUGGUCUUCUCCCCGCAAACAUGCGUCGGCUGUGAAACUUCGCAUACCGGACCGACGGCGCGGCUUUAAUUCUUACGUUAUUCCAAACAGCGCCGAGCUCGACUUCCGGCGACACCAAAAUCGUCACCGGAGCCGUAACGGAAGAGCCGCCUUUUUCCCAGCGAAAAUCGGACUAUUGAAGAAAUUUGACGCGGAGACACAGCGUCACGCAAUUGGAUAAUUUGACAACAAAUCAAAAUUAAAAAAAAAAAAAAUAUUUUUCGGGCUUCGUACCUUGGCCCUUCCCGCCUCUGUUACGGCUCUGAUGCGAUUUCCCAAGGCGGAAAAAAUGCUGGGUCGUGGCAAAAAAAAAAUAUAUAUAUUUUUUUAAGGCGGAAAAAUGUCGGUGUAAAAGGGGGCUUCUGUGGACUAUCAGGUAAUCUUUGCCAUUCUUCUUUUUUUUAACUUUUUAACGUGUGCAUUUUAUUGUUUUAUUUUUUUCCCGUCUAACUACCUGCAGUACUUUUCCAUUUCGUUGUGUUCUGAGGACCUAAGCGGACGUCGUUUUGUUUGUAUUUGGUACCGAGUUAUAUGCCGUUUAUAUAUAUAUAUAUAUAUAUAUAUUUGGAAUCACUUGAUUGUGACAGGACGUCCAAAGUGUAUUUUUUUUUAUUUUUUUUUUUUUUUCUUUCUCUCUCAUUUGAUUUCCUUUUAAUUUUGUCUGCCAGGUGGUUUAAAAAAAAAAAAACUUCUUUGUUUCCACGACAAAAACGAGUGAAGCUCUAUGGCGCCAUCAUAGACACGCACUUAUUUUUUGUGAUGAUUUUUUUUUUUUUUUUUGGCCCAAAAAAAAUGGGUCCAAAUGGAACUUCUUUUUUUCUUCAUUUUCUAAAAUAUAUUUAGCUGUUUUUUUUUUGUGUGUUGUUGUUAUUUAAUAUAUAUGUUGACUCAAAAAAAAAAAUGCAAUCAAGACUGUUAAUUUCUAUUUUUUCCAACCAAAAUGAUUACUAUUGUUCUUGUUGUCGAUUCUUUAUUAUUAUGAAUAAUGGGUGAGAGGAGCCGGGCGACAUGUUAAUGCGACCAUUCACUUACCCUCU